AGCACGGCAGCAGCAGCAAGUGCGGCGCAGUCGACCUGAGAGGAGAGGACUGCGUGCCGCCGCCGUCGUGAGGAAAACACCGCACAGAUGAAGGGACCGUCGCGAAUAACUAACACACAUUCCUCCGUUUAAUCACUGUCACAUAUCAAACAACACAUUCCUCCUUCCUGCCGCCGGGAUCGAGCCGUCGCUGCGGGUCUUUGAGUCGGUGGGCUUGCCUUGUUUUUUCCUCCGGGAGGCUGAAUGGAAGCAGCAGCCGAGGGAGCGGUCGGGCUGUCGGAGGCCAGGGACGGGAGCCCGCUAUCCGUCGCCGCAGCAUCCGAUGAUGGGGACACGGUCGUCGGAGUUAGCUACGGGAUGGACGCCGCCGACAUGGAUGCUGCUGCUAAGAAAGCCUUCAUCACAGAGAUGCCCUCCUCCUCAGGCCAGCCUGGUCAGGGAAAGAAGAUUGGCCACAGAGGGGUGGAUGCAUCAGGGGAAACUACUUACAAGAAGACCACAUCCUCAGCCUUGAAAGGUGCCAUCCAGCUGGGCAUCGGUUACACGGUGGGCAACCUGAGCUCCAAGCCUGAGAGAGAUGUGUUGAUGCAGGACUUCUACGUGGUGGAAAGCAUCUUUUUUCCCAGUGAAGGCAGCAACCUCACUCCAGCCCACCAUUUCCCGGACUUCCGCUUUAAAACAUACGCUCCUGUGGCCUUCCGCUACUUCAGAGAACUAUUUGGCAUCAGGCCAGAUGACUACCUGUACUCCCUAUGUAAUGAGCCUCUGAUCGAGCUGUCCAAUCCUGGAGCGAGUGGCUCGGUCUUUUACCUUACAAAAGACGACGAGUUCAUCAUCAAGACUGUUAUGCACAAAGAGGCUGAAUUCUUACAGAAACUGUUGCCUGGAUACUACAUGAACUUGAAUCAGAACCCUCGCACGUUGCUGCCCAAGUUUUUUGGCCUCUACUGUGUCCAGUCUGGCGGGAAGAACAUCCGCGUGGUGGUGAUGAACAACGUCCUUCCCCGCGUCGUUCGCAUGCACCUUAAAUACGACCUGAAGGGCUCCACCUACAAGAGGCGAGCAUCCAAGAAGGAAAGAGAGAAGGCCAGGCCCACUUUCAAAGACCUGGACUUCAUGCAAGACCUGCAGGACGGACUUAUGCUGGACCAGGACACUUACAACGCGCUGGUCAAGACCUUACAGAGAGACUGCCUGGUGCUGGAAAGCUUUAAGAUCAUGGACUACAGUCUGCUGCUUGGGGUUCACAACAUGGACCAGGCGGAGAGGGAGAGGCAGAUGGAGGGCUCCCAGGGCGGCAGCGAUGAGAAGAGGCCCGUGGCCCAGCAGAAGGCCCUGUACUCCACAGCCAUGGAGUCCAUCCAGGGAGGAGCCGCCUGCGGGGGGUCCAUCGACACUGACGACACGAUGGGCGGCAUCCCGGCUGUGAAUGGAAAAGGAGAGAGACUUCUUCUUUACGUCGGAAUCAUCGACAUCCUGCAAUCCUACAGGCUAAUCAAGAAACUGGAGCACACGUGGAAGGCUUUGGUUCAUGACGGGGACACUGUAUCAGUCCACCGGCCAGGCUUCUAUGCAGAUAGGUUCUUCAAGUUCAUGAGCAGCACGGUUUUCAGGAAGAGCUCCUCUCUAAAGUCAUCUCCAUCCAAGAAGGGUCGCGUGUCGUUGUCGGUGCCUAAAUGCACUGGUCCUGGUGCAGCCUGGUCAGCCAGCCAGCUGCCCUCUGAGAGAGACGAGAAUAUCUACGACCUGAGAGGAGCUCGCAGCUUCCCAACGCUGGAGGACGAAGGGCGACCAGAUCUUCUUCCAUGUACUCCUCCUUCCUUUGAGGAGGCCACCACAGCUUCUAUUGCCACCACUCUCUCUUCCACCACCUCUCUGUCCAUCCCAGAGAGGUCCCCCUCUGACACGGCCGAGCACCCCCGCUACAGGAGGCACACCCAGUCUCUGAGCCACGACGGGAGGACCCAGGAGGAGCUGCGUGUGCGUGAGGAGGAUCAGCAGACCAUCACAGUGGAGGUGGAGUUGAAGAGACACGACAGUGAGCCCACCAUCUCUGUCCCACAGCCUUCACCUGAGACCAGUGGGGUUCAGGAAGUAGCUGGUGCCGAGGCUCCCAGUGCUGCUGCAGCAGCACCUUCCAGCUCUUCGUCAGCACCUGAAGCUGCCUCCUCCUCGUCUGCCCCGGCUGCUCCCUGUUCCCCCGGGGCAGCCAGGGACGCCCCGUCCAGCCCCAAGGUGGCAAUAGAGGCAGACAGGGCCAGCCAGAUGUCCGGCUCAGGGUGCACCAGCCAGGCUUCAGUCGAUGAUGAAGAUGAUGUGCCAAUCACAGAUAUCUACUUUUAAACCCUGUUCUCUGGCAGAGAGGAGUGAACGUCUCAGCGGAGAGGACUCAUCGGUCAGAAGUCCAGACCUCAGCGGUAGCAGCAGGAUCUCUGUCUGAACCAGGAUUUUAAACAUGCAUACAAGUGACUUGAGUACCAGAGAGGGGGGAAAAAUCCUGACAGUGAUGACAUGGCUGAUUUUUAACCAUCCCUGCCUUUCACCCUGGACAAAUGAAAAUUAUAUCAAUUUAACAAUAAUGUGUAUGUGUGACAUGCAGUAGUGUGUAUACGGCUGUAGUCUUAUGUGUUUGACAUACAUGAAAGACCAUAGUAGCUCACAGUGCCUCUGAAAAGUAUUCACCCCCUUGGAAGUGUUCAUGUUUUACUGUCUUACAACACUGAAGUAGAUAUAAUGUGGCUUUUUUUACACUGAUCAACAGAAAAAGACACUUUCAUGUCAGUAAACAUAAAAUAAAACAUGAUAACUUCCACAUGGGUGAAGUCUUUUUGUAGGCAUUGUACAGUAUGAUCUAGUUCACACAAGCACAGCCCUAUAACAGGCUCUCCCACUCACUCCUGCAGAGCAGCACACGGAAUUUUGGCCAAUCAGGAUAAGCCCACCAACGCUCCUUGGUACUGGUUGUAUUGCUGUUGUACCCUGACAUGGCAUCCAGCAACAGCUGGAAAAGAAACAUGUGAUGUGAGAUUUCAGUGUGCCGGAUGAGUGGUCAAACCUGUGGUGUUGGAGGGCUGUGCUCUGAGAACUGGAGUUACAAUGAUAACCAUUGUUUGGCCAUUAAAAACAGAAAAUCCAGACGUCUCUGUCAUUCUCACAUUUCCAGUAGUGAAUAUAUGGAGUUCAGUUUAUAGAAACACAGAAUUUCUUUUAGUGAAUAUAUACAGUUCUUUCAUAGCAUAAUAAUUUAUUAUUCAUAUCAAAAACAUUUUUCCAACAUUUUUUUUUAUUUCUGAGCUGUUUUACUACUGUGAACUUAUAUUCAUUUUGUCUGUUUGUAUUUUAUUCCUAUGGUCACUGUUAUUGAUACUUUUACACUCUGAAUGCUUUCUUUUCAAUUUGCAUCCAAAGAACUUUUAUUUUUUGUUUUAUCAUUUCAUCACUGCAGCUUUUUUUUAGUAGUUUCCCAGUUUCUUUUUUACAUCAUGUGUUUUUGUCGUGUAAUUUCAGUGUUAACUACUUUUUUCACUACACCUCUUGUAGAAAUGGAUGAGGCUCAUGACUCUCGCCUUCAAAAAGAAGGCAUCAAUUGCAACACUAAGGCAGCAGACAUUGUCAGUCAUUAUAGUAAUCUUCACAUCAUUACAAUGUCUUCCAGUGUUGCCCUAUUUUUGGACAGAUGCACACAAAUCAUUUGUAACAAUAGAAUUUCAUAUUUCCUUCUUUCUCUCUUUUUUUUUAUGAGGGUGGAACAAUAAUCAGCAUAUCAGUGACAGUUGCUCUAUCUGGUCGCCCUUACCUCUUCACAAUAAGAAAAUCCAUUGACUGGACAUUUCAAAUGUUUGUAGACGUAGAGCAUCAGUUGUAGUAUUUGCAGUCAAUAUCGUACCUGUUAUCUGUAUAUUUGAAUGAACACAGUACGUCGCAGUGUUGACCUGGUGACACAGCAGUUUGUAAAUGGGUUGAAUGUUGUUUGCACUUGUCAAGAGGACCUGAAGAUGAACUAGUGAUAGAGGCCAAAUAAACAUACAUCACGUUAUCUUCGUUUUCUGCUCACACCGGUGAUAUAUAGACGGCGUUUUUGUUAGGAUUAUCAAGUGUGUGUGUUGGUGAAGUCAAUCACAGUCAUUGUAGUGUUUACUGUAGUCUCUCUGUGGCUGACAUCGUAGGACUCUCAAGUAAGACUUAAGUUCAACAAAUUGAUUUUUAAAUCUAACUUCUAACAGACGCAGUUUCUUCAGUUGGUUGGUAUGUUUCUAUGUGUGUUUGUGUGUAAGGGAGGACACCUCAAUGUUGGACAUUGUAAAAUAGAAAUCAGCUCAUUCUCAUGAUGUGCAGUGGCCAGUUGUAAUCAGUUUGCUGUUGUUCAUCAGAUGGAGACCAUAGCAGCAAUAUUUUGUACAGUCUAGCUUUUAAGUUCAUUUUUAUUGCCUUAUUGAGAAAUUUUACAUGUAGGCCUAUCGUUUAUAUUUUUUUCACUUGUGCUGUUGUAUUUAUUUUUCUUUCUCAUAGUUGUGCUCCUAAGAAUGUGUACAUAAAAUUAUAAAUACAUAUAUAAAGAUAUACAAAUAUAUUUUCCAUUUGAAUCGGAGAAUAUUAUUUUUAUUUGGUUUUAUUUUUGCUGCUGGGCAAGAAAUGAUUGCAAUCUACAUAAUUUACUGUACCAUAUCCUUCAGUGUGUUUAUUGAGAUGCAGCUGCUGUAUAUUUAUGGUCUAUAAACCACAGCUGUUUCUUUGUAAGAUAUCCAAAUUGAAAGAUUUGUGGGUUUUACUGUACAUGCAAAUCAAUAGGGAUUCUUCCAACUGUUCAGCUGUGUUGUGUAUGUGUUUUCAAAUCGCUGUGUGCCCUCAUCCAAUAGGGAGAGUCCUUAACAGAGACAUAGCAUGAUUUCAAAAUGAAUAUGCAUAUCAGAAAUGUGUAUUUAUGUAUAUCUGUGUAUAUUCAUCUAUUUAUACGUGAGGAUAAAUAGAUGGCUGUAUGUGUGUGUGUUUGGACUCAAUCAGAAUGAAUACAAAAUAAAGCAGUUCUAUGAAUUGUU